AUGGAUCCAGCAUCGACGAAUCCCAAUUCUGGUGCUCAGCCCUCCGCGGAAUCUGUGCAGAAAUCCAUCAUGGAAUUCCAGGUUACAAAUGGUCUUCGUCUGACCUCACAUACAGAAUCACAAAGUACCCUACGACUCUUCGCAAAGAAGUUGUGGCAGAGAAUUGCUGCAGCUUUCAAGGUAUGGGAAAAUGCCACUAACCUCAAGUUCGAAGCCGUGAACCGUGGCCAUUACACCAUCGACAUCCGCUUCGACAGAGGCGAGCACAGCGAUGGACCAAGCAGCACCCUCGGCCACGAACAUCCCAUAGACGCCUGGGGCAGUGUCAUUCAAUUCGACGAUAAUGAAAACUGGACCAUUGACAGCAACGAGGGUACCAAUCUUUUCCAAGUAGCAGUCCACGAAAUCGGUCACUCCCUUGGAUUGUCUCAUUCUGAUGUCCAAUCUGCUGUCAUGUUUGAACACUACCAAGGCUAUCAGAAGAACUUCAAGCUUGAUCAUGAUGAUGAAUUGGCAAUUCAGGCUUUGUACGGAAAAAAAAGUCAACAGGAUCAACUGAACAAUCUAGUACACUGUGGUCUGCAAUAAUGAAAUUCAUUAAUUUUUUAAAACGACAUAAUAUACCCACCAUCAAGAAGUUACAUUAACCACUUGAAGUUGAGGUUAUCUAUGACCGAGUGUGCCGGCAGCGUUGCCAGAGAUGGGGAUUUAUCCCUAUUUUUAGGGAUUUUGGGUUGCUGAUGGGGAUAUGGGGAUUUAAUGACAUUAAAUCUGGAUGAUUAAUUGUCUCUAUUACUCGAGUCUCUUAAUUUAGCCCUAAGCCUAAAGAAGACAAAUUUUAUUUAAACAAAUUAAAAUUCAAAAGAUUUAAAAACAGUUAUUUCAAGUAAGAGUUGUCGACGAGUAGACAGAAAAUCCCAAAAUGC